CUCUCCCACUUCUGCACGAGCUGUCAGAGCAAAGUACCAGGUGCAACGAUAUCUGCACUCCGCGUUACAAUAACUUGCGAGAUCGAACCGAAGUGUUGACUAUAUAAGUUUGCUAAGAUGCCCUGUCAUGGCGCAUCUGAACUUUGCCUUAAUAUUAAGCUUUCGCGUCGCCUAUCAUGAGGCUCGCAUCUUUUUUGCACUUUGCAACCAUCGUGGAAGCAACUACCGUCUUUCAGCUUAACUCCACAUCGUACUAUUCCCCAGACCUUGUCGCAGCAACCCUCGCAUUUGAGAACGAGAGAACUGAAGCGGUGCCAAUUACCUACCUUUCUUUCGCCGAACCUACCCUUACUGCGGAGCUACUAGAAUCGACCAUCACUUCAUUUCUUUCUCACGAUGAUGUGUACACAGAACCUUUUCUCUCGACGCUGGUGCUUGGUGGCUUGGGUACCCUGUCGGACGGCGCGCAUGCGUACGUUACUUCGCUCGGAUGCACUAAAAUAUAUAGCGUGGUGGAUGUCGACUUGAGUUCUGGUCCAUAUUUGCUCCACCCAUCAAAUGCUGUUACUAGGGUUUAUCGACUGUAUUGGGAUCACAACUUUGCUUUCGUGGAAUCUGUCACUGAGGGUCCAAAUGGUACUUUCGUUCCUGUCACAGGUUUGGCUUUGAGAGAUGCCUAUGGAGCUCUUAGUAUCGCAGUGCCGUCUCGACUAUACUAUCCACUCCCCACAGAAGACAAACCAUUAUCAGGAAAGCGACUCGGGGUCAAAGAUAUCUACGACCUCAAGGGAGUUCGCACUAGUGGCGGGAACAGAGCGUAUCGAGACCUCGUCAAUCCUGCCCCUGAGAGCGCGGCAGCAUUACAAAAGCUGAUUGAUCUGGGCGCUGUCGUUAUCGGAAAGACGAAGACCACACAAUUUGCGCUUGGAGAGCGGCCAACCGCUGACUAUGUGGAUCAGUUAGCACCCUUUAAUCCCAGGGGAGAUGGUUACCAGCAUCCUCAAGGGUCGUCGGCGGGUUCCGGAGCUGGACUCGCAUCAUACAACUGGAUGGACAUUGCAACUGCGUCGGACACGGGUGGAUCUGUUCGCCUACCAGCCAUGGCAAAUGGUCUUUUCGGCAUGCGUGUCACUAACGCCUCACUGCCGCUUGAUGGAAUUCUACCCAUAUCAGCAAUUUUCGAUACGCCGGGCGUAUUGGCUCGCUCGGCUCGGCUGCUACAAGCCGUACAUAGAAGAUGGUAUCCAGCCAAGGUAUAUACGUCUUAUCCCAAGCGUAUCGUUUUACCCGACCUGUUCUGGCCCACUGUGAAUGGAACAAGCAUGCACAUCUUCGAUUCGUUCAUCUCCCAGCUCGCUACCUUCCUUGAUGCCAACUUGACAACCUUCAACGCCAAUGCCAGCUUUAAUACAUACACGAACACUUCCGAAGGCCCGGCAUCAUACAUUGGCUCCACAUACUCUAAUAUCACCAACGUCGAUCAAUACCGCGACCUAGGUCUACCAUUCAGGGAGCAGUACAUCGCUAAGUUCGGCAGAGCACCGUAUUGGAAUCCACAAACACGAGCGCGAUGGAACCGGGCUGCUACCUUGCCAACCUCCAGUUACACCACUGCUAUCGAGCGCACAAAGACGUUUCAAUCAUGGUUUCGAGAAACUCUAACGCCCACAUGUGAAUCCACAUUGGUGUUAUAUCCCAUGGGCGCUGGUACAGAAGACUAUCGUGACAUAUACACCACUGCACCGGGUGGUAUCUUUGCUGCGGGGCUACCCGGGAAUCAGAUGUCUGUUUUGGCUGCACUGCCUGACUACACUAUUCCAAUUGGUGAAAGGACUUAUUUCAGCAGGGUAACCGAGAGAAAUGAGACGCUGCCUAUUACAAUUGGCAUGGUAGCUGCUGCAGGAUGCGAUCAUAUGCUCAUGGACUUGGUCGCUGAGCUUGCAGACGCUGGUAUCAUUUCUGGGGACGUGAAGACAGGCUCCAGUAUGUACUGAGAUGAGCGCAGCAAGUGGGAGCACCUCUACGGAACACAAUACCCCGACGAACCGAGUGUAUGCUUGUAUACGCUACACAUGUUGCAGGAUCUGCACUGCAUCGCUCUAUCCCAUACUUGUCUGAGCGCAUCCUAUGCCGUGAUUGGCGGACUAACGUUUUAGUUCCCUUGUCGAUCAUGAACAUCUGGGGU